AUGUCAUCCAGCGCCACCUCGAGCCAGGUCUCAAGCAAACUACCUCCUCCUUCGAACUCGUUCAAUUACGCGCAAGCCCCUACCGCCACCGCCACCGAUUUCUCUUACAAACGAAGCAACAGUUCAGGAAGUUUUGGGCCGGGUGCUUCAACGCGUCACACUCCCCAGGCGCGUGGGAGCCAGUCCCUCCGGAAGCAGCACAGGGGCCAGAAGAAGCCAAGGUUGUUGUUGGAUGAGGAUGCUAUUGCCGAGUCUGCCGCCAUGAAAUCAAUCAACAGCCGUAAGGGUCAGACCUCCAUCACCCACCUUAUGAACUUUAGCCUUCCUCCGCGCCCUCACAGUCAUUACCAACACCACUUCAACCACCGACAUCAAAGACGCAAUCCUACUUGGGGAUUGGGAUCGGGGUAUCACGCUGUUGACAAGGCUCGUUAUGUCCAUGCUAAUUACCGAUUCAUUGUACGUCCGGAUCGAGAAUAUCUUGCUCAGACCACGGAUGCAGAUAUAUACGUGAGCUGGGACGCUGUGUUACAGGUCCUGGCUUCAGCAGAGACCCAAGCAGCAAGCUGUCCAAUCUGCCUGUCGACACCUGUCGCUCCACGCAUGGCGAAAUGUGGGCAUAUCUUCUGCUUGCCCUGCAUGAUACGCUAUAUGCACUCUACCGACGAUGCAAAUCCCGUUCCCGAAAGGCGAGCAAGGUGGAAGAAAUGUCCAAUUUGCGAGGACAGCAUCUACAUUUCCGAGGGGAGGCCGGUUCGCUGGAUGGUCGGUCAGGACGCUAGCAUGUUAAGAGAAGGAGGCGAUGUGCUGCUCAAACUACUCAAGAGAGAACCCGGAAAGACGCUUGCUCUCCCUCGUGACACAGCGGAUGGCUACAGCCGUGCCGAUGAUAUCCCUUGGUUUCAUGUCGCCCAAAUGGUGGAAUAUGCUCGAUUCAUGAAAGGUGGCGAAGAGUAUAUGACUGUCCAGUACGACCAGGAAAUCGCCGAUCUCGAUGCUCAAGAGAAGGAAGACGAGUUGAUGUUUGGUGAUGACAACACCUGGACUCGAAAGGCUGUGCUGGCCAUUGAGGAUGCGAAACAGAAACUAUCUGGUCUUGGUAAUCCGCCGUCAACAGCAUCGAGUUCUGCGAGACAAGAUGAGGUCCCAGAAUCGUGGGAGACGGCUGGCCAGCAAGGACAAUCUACGUUGACCAGUGCCAUGAAGUCCCUCUCGGUCGAACCAUCCACUAGUACAGCCACUUCAUUAGCUCAUGCAACCCAGCCGAUCCCUGGAUCCAGUCGUGCUCAGGCACAUGCAUUCUACUUUUACCAUGCAUUACCGAAUUUCUUUCUUUCACCCCUGGAUAUUCGCAUUCUCAAGACAGCUUUUGGCGAUUUUUCGGCUUUCCCAUCUACCAUCCUCCCGCGGGUAGAGCAUAUCUCUACGGGACACAUCGUCGAUGAUGAUUUGCGAAAACGAGCAAAGUACAUGGCACAUUUGCCCUACGGUUUUGAGGUUACUUUCCUGGAAUGUGACUGGACCGAUAUCAUCAGCCCGGUAAUUUUAGAGCAAUUCCAAGACGACAUUGUGAAGAGACGAAAGAGACACUCGGAACGGGAGGCGCGUGAAGAGAGGGACAGAGUUCGUGCAGAGAAGGAGGAGGACGAUAAGCGAUGGGCUCCAGCACGGAGGCAGAGAAGGGGAAGCUCAGCGCCCAGGAGUUUCAGCGAGUCAGAUUUUCGGCCACUGAAUGACGCCAAUACCCAUCCAAGCUCGUCGCCUGGAGAAUCUGGAUUUGCUACGACACCACCCUGGAACACCAGGACGCACUCUUCAUUUGCAGCGCUUACCACUCCCGGCACGAGCCCAGAUGCACCGAGGACAGUUUGGGGCACAACAGCUGUGGUGCCGACCUCACCAUUGUUGGUCGCAGCUGCUCCCGAACCCACACAAGACGAUGGCUGGCUUCAAGGUUGGGAGAAAGACCUGCUGGACGAGCAGGAUGCGGUGGCUAUGGUUGAAGCGAGUCUCAACGACGGAGCCAGACCUGCCGCUGCAUCGUCCAAGAAAGGCAAGAAAAAGAAGAUCACGCUCAUGUCGACGAACAACCGAAGAGGUGCUUGA